AUGUCCUCGCCCCCUGCAGCACACGCUGCGGCGCACGCCCAGGCCGUCGCGCUGGCGGCCGCCGCACAUGCGCAGGCACACGCCGCCGCCGCCCGCGCCGCCGGUGCGCCGGCGCCGGCUGCCAGUGCGGCCGGCGCCAGUGUGCAGCGCGCCGUCAGCGUCAAGGCGCCUCCUCCUUCCUCGCUGCCGCAGCACGUACCACAAUCAGCACCACAGCUGCAGCGCGACGACGACGUCCUCUCCUCGCCCGACUCGCUCGACGCCUCCGACGACGACGUCCUCUCGGCGGGCACGCGCGCCACGUCGCCCGCACCCACCAGUCCGACGCCCGGCUCGCCGCGGCGCGUCGCCGCCGCACCCACGCCGCUCGCCGCCGGCGCCGCGGCGCUCACGCCCACGCCGCGCUCCGCCAAGCCCGCACCCGCCGCGGAGCCGCGCGCCGCAGGCAGCGGCGAGCCGCGGGCCGCGCGCUCGACGGUGCGGCGCUCCGCUCCGGGCACGCCCUCCAUGUCGCGCAGCACCUCACUCUCCCUCGGCGCGCCCUUGCCCAACGUCCUCGCCUCCGCACACGGCCUGCCCGCCGACGCGCGCGAGGCCAGCACGCUCUCGACGCUCUUCGUGCACAAGCCGGCGCAGUCGCCCGCCGACGAGAUCGGGCAGCCGCUCUUUCCCGUGGCCGCGCUGCACUCGGCGUCGCGCCCCGUCACGCGGCCCACGAGCCCGAGCCGCAGUCCGGCCGCCUCGCCGGCGCCGCCGCGAGGCCUGCGCUCGCCGGCGCCGCCGCAGCUGGCGGGCGAGGAGGCCAUCUUUGAGCGCGACAUUGAGCAUCGCGAUGCGCAUGCCCUCACGGCGGCCGAGGUGAUUGACGUGGCGGUGCCGCCCGUGCUGGACGAUGCGGUGGAGGCGCUGACGGAGGGAGAUCCGAGCUCGUUCGAAAUCGUAGCGCCCGCCUCUUCCUCGCCCAUCGCCCUCUCCGUCUCCGCGCUGUCCGCACACAACACGCACGGCACCUCGUCGCCCGCCAUGUCCGACGUGGGCCCCGCGGGCUCGCUGGCCGCGCAGCUGGCGGAGCGCUUCUCUCUCGACGGCGCCAGCAGCAGCGUUGCCGGCACGUCGCCGCCGGGACGGCGCGCCGUCAGCGGCCACCGCCGUCCGCACUCGGACGCGAGCAGCAUCAGUGUCGGUGCGGCGCCGCUGCCGGCAUCAGCAGGAGGCGCGGGCAUGCAGCAGGUGCUCGACUCGAGCGCCGAUCCGCUCGGCAUGGCCAUGAUCCCCGGCGGCCUGCUGUUCGGCAACGCUGCAGCUGCCUCUGCCACCGCCGGCACGGCAACGGGCACCGGCUCGGCCUCGCGUUCCGUCUCGCGCGGCGGCGGCGGUCCUUCUGCCUCGCCUCCCACCGCCAACGCCGGCAUGAGUGGCCUCUCUCUUCCCGAUCCCUUUCGCGGCUCCUCUCCCGGGCCGUCGUACGCCGCACUGCCCGACGUCGGCCUCUCGCCGGCCCAGGCGCAGCUGGGUGCCGUGGCGAGCAGCUCGAGCAGCGUCAGCAUGGACGGCGCCAUCAUGGCGCCCUCGACGUCUGCCACGGCCAACGCCUCGCUCGGCGUGCUUGCGGACGCCCUCAACGAGCCGACGCCCGCCUCGCCGUACACCGCACGCGAGCACGCGCAUGCCGAUGCCUCGACGAGCGGCAGCGGCGGCGGCGGCGCCGCGACGGCGGCGGGCAGCCAGCGCACGAGCCUGGCAGCGCCGGGCUGGCACCCCACGACGCAGAGCCGCUCGAUGGACGGCAUUCCCGGGCACACGAUGCCCGGCGGGCUGCCGCCCACGCCGGCGCUCAUGACGCCGGGCGAGAUGCCUGCGCCGCCCGCCGCGCUCGAGGCGCCUGCGGCCGCGGCAGGGGGCGCCUCGACGACGAGCUCGCCGGCGCCGAAGCGCCUCUCCUUCUUCUCGUACUCGGACAUUCUCAACCACGCGCCCGGGCACGUGCUGGACUUUGACGGCGCCGUGCGCGCCAGCCAGUCGAUGGACGACGAGGCGCAUGCGCAUGCACAUGCACAUGCGCACGGCGCGGCGACGGGAGCGCAGGCACUGGGCCUGGGCAUUGCGGCAGGCGGCGCGGGCGCAGCAGAACAGAGGAGGACGUCGCACACGACGAGCGGCACGGGCGGCACGAGUGGCACGGAACGCACGGCGAGAGCCAGUGGCGAGGCGCUGCGAUGA